UCUCUUUUACCGAGAAGCUGACGCUCUUCUGUGUCAAACUACGCACAUAUAUUUGAUUUUUAGAUAGGAUACUAUAGCUUACUUAAAAUAAACUAGUAAAUAUAUAAAUAAAAAAAACGAGCUGAUAAAAAUCAGCAGACAAGGAGAAAGUAUUUUAAAAUUUUGAUUGAAGAUACCGGGAAGCGGAAUAAAAUGACUGUGUGGAAGAGCGCCUACGCCGCAGCGGCGGUAAUUCUCCUGGCUGCAGAAUCGCUCGCACAGAAUGUGUGUGGUCAGGCUCCACUUAACACCAAGAUAGUGGGGGGUGAGGACGCACCCCCGGGCAGUUGGCCCUGGCAGGCCAGUCUGAAACAGAAUGGCUCUCACAUCUGCGGAGGAUCCCUCAUCAACAGUAUAUGGGUGGUCACUGCUGCCCACUGCAUCGGAAGUGAAUCUCCUCAUGACUGGGAAGUGUUUGUGGGUCUGCAGACCCAGGAGGGAAGUAACCCAAAUGGACAGGGCAGCGUCGUGAGCCGCGUCAUCGUUCAUCCGCUUUACGACAGUCAGACACACGAUAAUGACAUCGCUCUAAUGCAGCUCAGUGCCACUGUGACCUUCACCGACUACGUCCAGCCCGUCUGCCUGGCAGCCAGUAACAGCACCAUCUACAACGGCACUGAGAUCUGGGUCACUGGCUGGGGCGACAUCAGCUCUCAAGUCUCCCUUCCAUCACCUGGGAUUCUACAGGAAGUGCAGAUUCCUAUAGUCGGAAACAGGAUCUGUAGCUGCCUUUACGGCACAGCAAACAUCAACAUCACGAACAACAUGUUAUGUGCUGGUCUCCUACAAGGAGGGAAGGACUCAUGUCAGGGAGACUCUGGGGGUCCACUGGUGACCCAGCUGGGCUCUGCCUGGGUCCUGGCCGGGGUUGUCAGCUUUGGUAUCGGAUGUGCAGAACCAGACUUCCCUGGAGUUUACACCAGGGUGUCAAAUUAUCAGAACUGGAUCAUCUCCACCAUCACCCCUAACAACACAGGCUUUGUCACUUUCACCUCCAGUGGCAAAGAUGAUAGUAACAGCACAUGUCCUGAAAUUGGUCUUAGCUCCUCCUCCAUGACCAGAGCCUCAAACUUCCUCCUACUCUCCCUUCUCCUCUCUUUAGCUCCUUCUCUGUUGCAUCCCUGCCUCAAAUUGUAAACAUUUACCAUUUUAGGCAUUAGAAAAAACACCAGUGAGCAGCUAUGUGCUGGAGGUCAAAUGCCAAAGUGAUGUAACAAAUAAAAGUCUUGUGAAAUUCUGGGGCAAUUAUAUCUUAACUUUCAGCCUGUGCGACAUUAAUACUUAAUAAUAAAAGCAUACCCUUAUACUGUUAACUGUAAUACUUCCUCCUCUUCAUCGCCUAAUAAAACCAUGACUCAUUAAGAGUGUCUUGUACUGAA